AUGUCUGAGUCUGAUCCUCAGCCCUCCCCCCUCACCCUCUCCAUUCCUCCCAUCCUCUCCUCCACCCCCACCCUCUCCAUUCCUCCCAUCCUCUCAUCCUCCCCCACCCCAUCUGUUCUGCUCAACACCGGGGCCAGGAUGCCUCUCCUGGGUCUGGGUACCUACCGGCUCCGCGACCUUGAUGAUACCCUCCAGGCCGUCAACGCCGCGCUCUCCACCGGCUACCGCUCAUUUGACACGGCCUCAGUCUACCGGAACGAGGCUGACCUGGGUCGAGCACUGCGACACCUCCUGCCCAAACACGGCCUCUCCCGAGCGGACGUCUUCAUCACCAGCAAGCUGGGCCCAAAGGACCAGGGAGCCAGAGCCAGGUACAGGGAUGGAAAUUAAAGCUAGUAGGAAAUGUGCCAAAUUAGCCCGAAAUGUUGUCUUCUCAAAUGUUGCAUGGUAUAGCAUAGGGCUGCGCGAUAUGGCCCAAAUAUCAUAUCACUGUAUUUUUCUACGUUUUUACGGUAUUUUAUGUUUUUGAAUAAUAAAAGUUCAAUAUUUGCUUCAUGAGUAGUGCGUGACCCUACGGUGGCAACACAUACAUUCUAAGUGAUUUCAAUGUCUCUCUCCAUUCUGAUUGUUUUAUACUGUUCAAUUCAACCUAAAAUAAUUUCCUGCGUUUCCAUUAAUUUCAGUAUGUCCUCAUUUGAGAUCAUUUCCACACUGCUACGUAGGGCUGGACAAUAUGGGCAAAAAAACUAGGCCUUAUUUUUAACCAAAUGUUGCGACUUGAUUUGACUUGCGAUUUUAGAUCAAAACACUUGGGUGAACUGUUGGAAUCAUGGAAAUAGAAUGUUUAUCAUAAUUCUAUAGUUAGAAUAUAAAUAACAGUGGGGACUUUGAAUACAGUGUUGUUUGACAUGACAACAAAUUAACAUGCCAGGGAGGGGGUUAUUGUGACAGGGUAGGAACCAAAGUGAUGGUCAGUGUUUCCUAGGGGACCCUAUAAUCUUUGGCUACAUUAAAUGUUUCUUCAUGUAGCCAAGAUAUUCAUGCUUCGCGUAUUGCUCUUUAGUGUAGCUAUAGAACGCUAGUGGAUUUAAAUUAAGAAUGAAAGUUAAAACAGCAUCGUUGUCAUCGACAUUGUUGCAUGUGCUGCAUUGACCAUGCAGACUGAACGCAAGUGUCUCGUGGUCAAGCAACAACAAAUGCCCUCCUCGCGUGACGAGGGCCGGGGGCUAGGUUGAAAGUGUGUGGAAAGUGGCAUGGAGAGAGAGAGAGCAGAGAGGGAUGACUGAAGUAGCGUGUAAACUAGAGAAAUUGACGUUACACACUGCAUAUCACAUUUAAUAAACCAAGCAUUCAAAUAACGUUCUAGAAGGUAAAGUAAAAACCCAAACUGGUCCGUGCAUCAAUAGUGGUAUAUAGUAAAAUACAGUAUACCGCCCGGCCCUAGUAUAGCCUUGGCCCUUUGGCUAGUAGAAUGUCAUCUGGGCCUGUAGAAGUUGUGGUAUACUAGCCCGGCUGGCCAGUGCCCAAAAUGCUGACCACUCUGACCAGUCAUAUUGUUUGCAUUUUCAAACUCUGUUCCACAGGGAAGGAGCUUUGAGGAGUCUAGAACUGCUGGAUCUAGACUAUAUAGAUCUAUACUUGAUCCACUGGCCAGGGACCCAGGGGCUGGGGGUGGGAGACAAGAGGAACCCAGAGAAUAGAGCUCAGAGCUGGGCAGAGUUAGAGGAGCUCCACGCCCAGGGCCAGGGGAAGCUGAAGGCCAUAGGGGUGUCCAACUACACCCCAGGACAUAUGAAGGAGCUACUGGAGGGGUGUUGUGUCACCCCCGCCGUAUUACAGGUAAACAAAAACAAACUAACUCCCGCUGUAUUACAGGUAAACAAAAACAAACACCCUGCCGUACUACAGGUAAACAAAAACAAACUAACUCCCGCUGUAUUACAGGUAAACAAAAACAAACUAACUCCCGCUGUAUUACAGGUAAACAAAAACACACCCUGCAUUACUACAGGUAAACAAAAACACACACGGCCUUACUACAGGUAAACAAAAACACACCCUGCAUUACUACAGGUAAACAAAAACAAACACCCCUGCCGUACUACAGGUAAACAAAAACAAACUAACACCCUGCCUUACUACAGGUAAACAAAAACAAACUAACACCCUGCCUUACUACAGGUAAACAAAAACAAACUAACACCCUGCCUUACUACAGGUAAACAAAAACACACCCUGCCUUACUACAGGUAAACAAAAACACACCCUGCCUUACUACAGGUAAACAAAAACAAACUAACACCCUGCCUUACUACAGGUAAACAAAAACAAACUAACACCCUGCCUUACUACAGGUAAACAAAAACACACCCUGCCUUACUACAGGUAAACAAAAACAAACUAACACCCUGCUGUACUACAGGUAAACAAAAACACACCCUGCCGUACUACAGGUAAACAAAAACAAACUAACACCCUGCCUUACUACAGGUAAACAAAAACACACCCUGCCUUACUACAGGUAAACAAAAACACACCCUGCCUUACUACAGGUAAACAAAAACAAACGAACACCCUGCCUUACUACAGGUAAACAAAAACACACCCUGCCUUACUACAGGUAAACAAAAACAAACUAACACCCUGCCUUACUACAGGUAAACAAAAACAAACUAACACCCUGCCUUACUUCAGGUAAACAAAAACACACCCUGCCUUACUACAGGUAAACAAAAACAAACUAACACCCUGCUGUACUACAGGUAAACAAAAACACACUAACACCCUGCCGUACUACAGGUAAACAAAAACAAACUAACACCCUGCCUUACUACAGGUAAACAAAAACAAACUAACACCCUGCUGUACUACAGGUAAACAAAAACACACCCUGCCGUACUACAGGUAAACAAAAACAAACUAACACCCUGCCUUACUACAGGUAAACAAAAACACACCCUGCCUUACUACAGGUAAACAACAACAAACUAACACCCUGCCGUACUACAGGUAAACAAAAACAAACUAACACCCUGCCGUACUACAGGUAAACAAAAACAAACUAACACCCUGCCGUACUACAGGUAAACAAAAACAAACUAACACCCUGCCUUACUACAGGUAAACACCCUGCUGUACUACAGGUAAACAAAAACAAACUAACACCCUGCCUUACUACAGGUAAACAAAAACACACCAACACCCUGCCUUACUACAGGUAGCCAAAAACAAACAACACCCUGCCUUACUACAGGUAAACAAAAACACACCAACACCCUGCCUUACUACAGGUAAACAAAAACACACCAACACUCUGCCUUACUACAGGUAAACAAAAACACACUCUGCCUUACUACAGGUAAACAAAAACAAACUAACACCCUGCCUUACUACAGGUAAACAAAACAAACUAACACCCUGCCUUACUACAGGUAAACAACAACACACCCUGCCUUACUACAGGUAAACAAAAACAAACUAACACCCUGCCGUACUACAGGUAAACAAAAACAAACUAACACCCUGGCCGUACUAACAGUUAAACAAAAACAAACCACACCCCUGCCGUACUACAGGUAAACAAAAACAAACUACACCCUGCCUUACUACAGGUAAACAAAAACAAACUAACCACCUGCCGUACUACAGGUAAACAAAAACAACUAACACCCUGCCUUACUACAGUAAAACAAAAACAAACUACAACCCUUGCCUUACUAACAGGUAAACAAAAACACACUAACCACCCUGCCUUACUACAAGUAAACAAAAACAAACUAACACCCUGCCUUACUACAGGUAAACAAAAACACACCCUGCCUUACUACAGGUAAACAAAAACAAACUAACACCCUGCCUUACUACAGGUAAACAAAACAAACUACACCCUGCCGUACUACAGGUAAACAAAAACAAACACCCUGCCGUACUACAGGUAACAAAAACAAACUAACACCCCUGCCUUACUACAGGUAAACACAAAAACUAAACACCCUGCCUUACUACAGGUAAACAAAAACAAACAACCCUGCCUUACUACAGGUAACAAAAAACAACUAACACCCUGCCUUACUACAGGUAAACAAAAACAACUAACACCCUGCCGUUACUACAGGUAAACAAAACAAACACCCCGCCGUACUACAGGUAAACAAAACACUAACACCCUGCCGUACUACAGGUAACAAAAACAAACUAACACCCUGCCUUACUACAGGUAAACAAAAACAACUAACACCCUGCCUUACUACAGGUAAACAAAAACAAACUAACACACCCUGCCUUACUACAGGUAAACAAAAACACCACCCUGCCUUACUACAGGUAAACAAAAACAACAUAACACCCUGCCGUACUACAGGUAAACAAAAAACAAACUAACAACCCUGCCUUACUACAGUAAACAAAACACACCCUGCCUUACUACAGGUAAACAAAACACACCCUGCCUUACUACAGGUAAACAAAAAACAAACUAACACCCUGCCUUACUACAGGUAAACAAAAACAAACUAACACCCUGCCUUACUACAGGUAAACAACAACACACCAACACCCUGCCUUACUACAGGUAAACAACAACACACUAACACCCUGCCUUACUACAGGUAAACAAAAACAAACUAACACCCUGCCUUACUACAGGUAAACAAAAACAAACUAACACCCUGCCUUACUACAGGUAAACAAAACACACCAACACCCUGCCUUACUACAGGUAAACAAAACAAACCAACACCCUGCCUUACUACAGGUAAACAAAAACAACUAACACCCUGCCUUACUACAGUAAACCAAAACAACACCCUGCCUUACUACAGGUAAACAAAAACAACACCCUGCCUUACUACAGGUAAACAAAAACAAACUAACACCCUGCCUUACUACAGUAACAAAAACAAACUAACACCUGCCUUACUACAGUAAACAAAACACAUCCAACACCCUGCCUUACGACAGGUAAACAAACACAACUAACCCCUGCCUUACUACAGUAAACAAAAACAAACUAACACCCUGCCUUUACUACAGGUAAACAAAAACACACCAAACACCCUGCCUUACUACAGGUAAACAAAAACACACCAACACCCUGCCGUACAUGAGACUCAGCUUACUGUUGUGCUUGUUCUUCUGGCUCUAGCACUAUAUUUUCUUACUGGCACUUGUUUCUCUGAUCGCUGCUUUCUUGAGGAAAGUUUUACUUGAUAUGACUGUGAUUUGUGGUUGUCUUACCCACCUUAGUUGAAUGCACAGACUGACCGUAAGUCACUCUGGAUGAGAGUGUCUGCUAAACGACUUUGGAUAAAUGACCGUUCUUAUUAUAAAUCUGAAAUCUUAUUGAAUAAUCUUACGUCAUCUCUCCGUCCAGGUAGAGUUCCACCCCCGUCUGUCCCAGGGGGAGAUGAGGCGUCUGUGUGGGGAGAAGGGUGUCUGUUUCCAGGCUUACUCCUCCCUGGGGACUGGCUCUCUCCUCCAGGACCCUUUAGUGGUCCAGGUUGCACUGGGAUAUGGCCGGACCCCUGCACAGGUACUGUGUCUGUGAGAGUUGGGGUGGAGUGUUCUGGAAAUGACAGUACACUCUUAAGUACACACUGAUUUAAGUAAUUUAAUGGCUUUCCUUCUCUCCUCUUCCUCCCUGUUUUAUCCCACAUCUUCCCCUGGCUUCGUCUUUCAUCCUGUGUUUGUGGCAGGUCCUGCUCAGGUGGGCGGUGCAGCAGGGAGUCCCCGUCCUACCCAAGUCAUCUCACCCCACCAGGGUAGCAGAGAACGGGCGUGUGUUUGACUUUGAGCUGACCGCUGAAGACAUGGAGAGGCUGGGGGGGAUGGACUGUGGACAGAAAUACUGUUGGGACCCUUCACAGGUGGCCUGAGGUAGGAGGGGAAACCCAGCAGAGAAGGAGGAGAUGGGUCUGUAGCCCAAAGAUAGCUGGGGUUUGAAUUCCUUGAAGUUAGCCUGAAGGUACAUACUUACUGACUGGAUUCUGUUAUGAAGCAAACCUUGAUAAGAAAUCACGUGUCAACAGAACUUUGGAGAGUCUCCCAAUAAGAUUCUUGAACUAAGUGUUGAUUUAUGAUGCGACAGAGACCUCUGAUGAAGAUUACGAUCAUGAUGCCAAGAGCAACGCUGUUGUUGUGUUCAUGUGAUAUUUAUGUUACAAAUGAUUUUCUUACUAACUUAAAAUCGGAAUUAAUUUGAUAUUUUCACUGUAAAAAUUGACCUCAUAUCAAGUGGCAAUUUUUUUUUUUAAUAAGUCAGUGU